AUGGAAGGAUUGUGUUUGUGCUGCUUAUCAGAGGCCACCGUUAUGUACAGUGUCACGAUCGAUUGCAGUUUCCCGCCCGAAGAAUGCUACGAAAACGGCAUUCCUCCACACGGCCGAUCGGCCGUUCCGUUGGGUGAGCUCUAUUCGGCGGUCCUGCAGCUAUCGCUCGUGCCACUGAGCAGCGAAAUUUGUGCCCGGUGUGUGGCCGUGCUGAAAGAGUACUACCUGUUUCGGGCACGGGCCCAAAAAUCGCACGAAGAGCUACAGACCAAAGCGAGCAUUGCGAAGAUCAUCAGUCACCUGGAGCAGAGCAGCAGUGUGGGCAGUGUCCACCCGGAACGCCUGCGGGAGGACUUCGGUGAGGACGAUCCCGAACCGGACUCACGGUGCGUAAAGGGCCCGUUCCGGUGUGCGGUGUGCCAGAAAAUGUUCAAGAUGCGUAAGCUGCUACUACGCCACGAAGAGGUUCACCACCGCCGGCACCACGAGGCACCGGAUCACCGGUUUCACUGUCCGCACUGUGAUAAACACUUUGCCUCCAAGGCAUCCCGCUCGGGGCACGUUUCAAAAGUCCACCGUCAAGGAGCCCCGGACGACUGGAGCCGCUGUAUGGCCAAAAAGCGAGCGGAACACCGGUGCUCGACCUGCGAAAGUCGCUUCAGUACUGCCCGAUUGCUUAAGGAACACAACGAAACCAUGCACCGGAACCAGCAUGGCGAGGCCACCACACGGAAGAACUCAUUUCCGUGUGACCUCUGCUCGAAAAUCUUUACCCGCCGCUCUUCGCUCAACGCACACAAGAUGGUCCUGCACGCCGGCAUCCGUCAGCACUCGUGCCAAAUCUGCAGCCGUGCGUUUGGCAAAGAGGACUCCCUCAAAACCCACCUGGCGCUGCACACGGGCAAACUGCACCGCUGUAAGCUGUGCGGCAAGGCGUUCGCCAAGGCGGGCUUUCUGCGGAAACAUCUCGAGCAACACGAAUCGACCGAUGGGGGCCGUAAAUUUGCGUGCGCCGUCUGCUCGAAAGGAUUCACCACGAAGAGCCACCUGGCCGACCACGAGCUGAUCCACAGUGGCCAACGGCCCUAUCGGUGCAAUGUCUGUGGCAGCUCCUUCCGACAGAAACAGCAGCUGAAGGUGCACAGCUAUCAGCACUUUGGCAAACCGUUCCGGUGCGGUGAGUGUAGCGCCGAGUUCGGCGUGCGGGCACGACUUCAGGCCCAUACGCAGGCAAAGCACCACGCGAAGGACCAACCGGAGCGUGAAGCUCCAUCUCCGACGACCAACGUCGUGCAGCCCGAUUUUGGCGACAAAGUGGUGAACGAGGAGAUUCUGGACGAGAUCUGUUACCAGAUCGAUUCGAACCCGAUCAUCCUGCAAAGCAUCGAGGCCGACGGUAUGAAUCUGAUCUGCAACAACACCGAACCGAUCGUGUUCCUCGCAGACGGCAACGGUGACAAUCUGCUGUGA